AUGAUACACUUGAUUCCACAAAACAUGAAGAUGUGGAUGGAGUCUAACAUUUGAUUGGUUCCUUAUCUAUCCACCAUAUAUCCAUUAACAUAUCUUCCCUAGAUUUCACUCAUCCUACUUGGCACCUCUCAUCAAGUCUAUUUUGAUCUCCUCAACCCCACAAACUAGUUGAUAAAAUCAGCAUUCUAACAAAUACAACAUCAAAAUUUAUCAGUAACACAAGCUAAGUUAGAGUGGGGGAGAGGAGAGUGCGCAAAAACAUCAGCAGCGCGCAGCAAAUUGAGGUCAGGAAAGCAAAGCAAAGAAAUGGCAGCUGCAACAUCUGCUACAGCAAUAGUAAAUGGGUUCACCUCGCCUUUCUUGUCGGGAGGGAAGAAGAGUAGUCAGUCACUACUCUUUGUUAACAGCAAAGUCGGUGCUGGUGUUUCUACUACCAGCAGGAAGUUGGUUGUCGUAGCUGCUGCAGCUGCUCCUAAAAAGUCUUGGAUUCCUGCUGUUAAAGGUGGUGGCAACUUCCUUGACCCUGAGUGGCUAGACGGCUCACUCCCAGGAGACUUCGGAUUCGACCCACUAGGUCUAGGGAAGGACCCAGCAUUCCUGAAAUGGUACAGAGAAGCAGAGCUAAUCCAUGGGAGAUGGGCAAUGCUAGCAGUUCUAGGGAUAUUUGUUGGACAAGCAUGGACUGGAAUCCCAUGGUUUGAGGCUGGUGCUGACCCAGGUGCCGUGGCUCCGUUCUCAUUCGGAACACUACUAGGGACUCAACUGUUGCUCAUGGGAUGGGUAGAGAGCAAGAGAUGGGUGGAUUUCUUUGACCCGGAUUCACAAUCUGUGGAAUGGGCAACUCCAUGGUCAAGAACUGCUGAGAACUUUAGUAACUCAACAGGAGAACAAGGUUACCCUGGUGGCAAAUUUUUUGACCCAUUGAGCUUAGCAGGAACUAUCAGUAAUGGUGUUUACAAUCCAGAUACAGACAAGUUAGAGAGACUCAAGUUGGCUGAAAUUAAGCAUGCUAGACUUGCUAUGUUAGCUAUGCUCAUUUUUUACUUCGAAGCUGGACAAGGGAAAACACCCCUUGGAGCUUUGGGUUUGUAAACAAGUAUUAAUUUAUUGAGAUAUUGAUCUGGUGUAAUUAAAUGAAACAAUCUCAAAUGCAAAUGUCACAUUUGUUUCUAGUACUAA